AUGAGCGUGCCCAUGCUGAAGAUCGGAGCGGUGCUGAGCACCAUGGCCAUGGUGACUAACUGGAUGUCUCAGACUCUUCCCUCUCUGGUUGGACUCAACAACACCAUCUCCCCUGCAGGGACCUCACAGAGAAUCAUUAGCGCUCUAUACCCGGGUCCAGAGGAGGGUUGGGACGUGUAUAGUUCUGUUUCUGAUGUGGAGGGAAAAUGUGUCUGCACCGUGGUGGCUCCAACCCAGAACCACUGCAGCAGAGACCCACGACACCGCCGACUUCGCCAGCUCACCGAGCAUGUGCAGAACGUAUCACAGUGGAUGGAGCUGUUGGAUCUGAGGACUGUGAGAGACCUGCAGUAUGUGAGAGAUGCAGAGACCAAACUCAGAGCCACAGAGACCAGGGUCAGGACAGCACACAGUAACCCACACAGCCUGAGCACCAAAGGCCUCCAGGAGCUGAGGAGGAGUGUGUCCCAGCUGUUGCUGGUGCGGUCGGUGUUGGCCCAGUACCGGGAUGAUGUGGGAGUUGUGGUGUACCUUAAGGAGCAGGUUGGGAAUCUGAGCCUUGCCUUGUCUGAGCUCCAUGACGAACUGGGACAGUAUGAUUAUGAAGAGCUUCAGCACAGAGUUAUCGUGUUGCAGACCAGACUUCAGGCCUGCAUGAACAAACUGGGCUGUGGCAGAUUAACUGGUAUCAGUAACCCAAUCACCGUCAGGUCCUCUGGAUCCAGGUUCGGUUCUUGGAUGAUGGAUGCCAUGAUUCCAAGUUCGGAUAACCGGGUUUGGUCAAUGGAUGGUUACUUUAAAGGCAGACGUGUUUUGGAGUACCGUACCCUGGGAGACUUCACUAAAGGGCAGAACUUUGUGGUGCAUGUGCUCCCUCACCCCUGGGCAGGUACGGGUCACGUGGUGUAUAACGGAUCUCUGUACUAUAACAAACAUCAGAGCAAUAUUAUUGUUCAGUAUCACCUGCGAUCACGUGUGGUGCUGCUUCAGCGCAGUCUGGGCGGAGCAGGUUAUAACAACACCUUCCCGUACUCCUGGGGGGGCCUGUCUGACAUCGACCUUAUGGCAGAUGAGACUGGACUCUGGGCAGUGUACACCACCAUCCCAAACGGGGGGAACAUCGUGGUCAGCCGACUAGACCCCGUCACCUUGGAGGUCAUCCGCUCCUGGGACACAGGGUUCCCGAAACGGAGCGCGGGAGAAUCAUUUAUGAUAUGCGGAACGCUGUAUGUCACCAACUCUCACCUGGCUGGAGCAAAGAUCUAUUUUUCCUACCACACAAAUUCCUCUACGUAUGAGUAUACUGACAUCCCCUUCCACAACCAGUAUUCCCAUAUCUCCAUGCUGGAUUAUAAUCCAAGAGAGAGGGCACUUUAUACCUGGAAUAAUGGACAUCAGGUUCUCUACAACGUCACGCUUUUCCACGUCAUCCAGAGCUUUGAGGAUGCGUAG